CGAACAAUCCCUGCCACGCGUCGGAAUUCGGCCUCCAACUCAAUGACACGCAGUUGGAAGCCAGGGCUUGGGGAGCUAGUGAGAUCUGCGCCUGGAGCCAUGCAUGCUUUAUACAGAUUAGUCCUUUUCUUUGGCCUGUGUGGCUGCUACAUUGCUCAGGAACAAAAGAACGAGGAGAGCACAGAAGUAAAAAUAGAAGUUUUGUAUCGUCCAGAAAACUGUUCGAAAACCAGCAAGAAGGGGGACCUGCUCAAUGCCCAUUACGACGGCUACUUGGCUAAAGACGGCUCGAAAUUCUACUGUAGCCGGACACAAAAUGAAGGCCACCCCAAAUGGUUUGUCCUUGGUGUUGGGCAAGUCAUAAAGGGCCUGGACAUUGCCAUGAUGCAUAUGUGCCCCGGAGAAAAAAGAAAAGUGACUAUACCACCUUCGUUUGCAUAUGGAAAGCAAGGCUAUGGUAAGGUAAUACUUGAAGAAGUCUGUCCUCUGCAACAUGUCCUUGCCUCAUGUCACAGAGCACCCCUGCAUGUCUUGAAAUGCAUGCGACUUUUUAGUGCUUUUAUUAACCAUACAUGUGCAGAAGGCAAGAUUCCACCUGAUGCAACAUUGAUUUUUGAGAUUGAGCUUUAUGCUGUGACCAAAGGACCACGGAGUGUUGAAACAUUUAAACAGAUAGAUGCAGACAAUGACAGGCAACUUUCUAAAACUGAGGUAAGCUAUUACUUGGAGAGAGAAUUUGAAAAAGAUGAGAAGCCACGUGACAAGUCCUAUCAGAAUGCAGUUUUAGAAGACUUCUUUAAAAAGAAUGACCAUGAUGGCAAUGGCUUCAUUUCUCCCAAGGAAUAUAACGUGUACCAACAUGAUGAACUAUAGCGUAUUUUUAACUACUUAUUGUACUUUACAUAUAAAAAAAUUUUUUUCACCUGUA